AUGGCUAGAAAAGUAAGCGGAAAGGCAGAAUAUUUACAUAGCAUUGCAUACGCCCGUUUUAGAUCUGUUGGUUUUUAUGGAGGCUUGUAUACACACCAAACCGUUCUGCCUGAUUUCACGCACAAGGGAGUUAAGGAGACUUUUCCGGACAAAGAAGUCGUUUAUAUUUCAAGGCAUGCGAGAGAUGUCAUUGACGGACCUUUGAAUGUAGGCGCCAUUGCUUUGUGUGUGACUAUGGAUACAGCAAGAGAAGCUCUCGGAGCAGCGAGACGUGGUCGAAUGCGAGCUGUUAGGCUUCCUAUUAAGAAAUACGUGAAAUGGCAGCAAGGCCCUAUGUAUCUGCCGUUCCCAAACAUCAUGCGUAUUUUCCGUCAUGUUCAUAGAAGUGGCGGUGACUGGGAAACUGCUCUAUUGAAUAAUAUUAGCAAGUGA